CAGCCUUAGAAGAGCCUCCCAAUGAUUGCUUUAAUAAUGCUUAAAGCUGAACUCAGAGCAUAAAGCAUAUUAGGGAAAAUUAUAGCCACAGAGGAUAGAAAUCCACACCGUGUGCAGAAAAUGCCUUUCAGAGCUCAGAUAUUACCUUGCAAAAGACAUAAGUGAUGCCAUCACUGUGCUGUACAGUCUGUGUAGAGAGCAGAGCUGUAGGAGGGUCUCAGAGGCUCCACCCAUUACAAAAACUACAGGAGGGGGCGGCGACCAGACCACUCUCUCUGCACAAGGAGAGUGAUUGGUCUUUAUUACAGGAAGUUCCUGUAACACACUGGAUUACUGCACAGAUCUGGAAUCUAGUGGCUUAUCCUGGAGUACAGCUUUCAACCAAACCUAUUCCACGUCUCUCCAAAUAGCAUGUAGCCUAUGAGCCAGCAAGGGCAGCUUCUAUCGGAGCUUUCCUGCACAGGUUAAGUCUUCGUUUCUCCUGCUCGUGUUUUCCUUUAUUGCACCGUGAUCUCUACGAAUCUGUCACUCUGAGUGGGAGUAUAUAGAAGGACGCAAGGAUCUCUACAGGAACGUCAUGAUGGAGAACCGGCCGCCCCUCACAUCUCCGGAUGGAUCCAGUAAGAGAAAUCCCCCAGAGAGACGUCCCCGUCCUCUGUAUUCCCGGGACUCCACACAGGAACAUCAGGAGAUCCCUCAGGAGGAUCAGGAUGAGGCUCCAGUUACUAUUAAGGUGGAAGUAAAAGAAGAAGCUGAGGAGCCGUAUACGAGUGAUGAUGAUCCAUGUAAGGAAGAAGAAAUCCCUCCAGAGAUCAGCACAGAUGGAACUAUUAAAAACAAUACCCCAGAGAGACGUCUUCGUCCUCUGUAUUCCUGUGACUCCAUGGAGGAAGAUCCCAGCAUUCUCCAGGAUGAUCAGGAUGAAAAUCUAAUUGUCAUUAAAGUGGAAGCUUUAGAUGAGGAAGAUCUGUAUGAGAUGGGUGAUGGGCCAUGUAAGGAGGAGGACAUUCCUCCAGAGAUCAGCACAGAAGGAAGACAUAGAAAGUUGAACAAAGAGGAACCUCCCAUCAUUGCACAAGACAAGGAGAGGCCCUAUUCAUGUUCCGAAUGUGGAAAAUGUUUCAGGGAGAGAGCCCACCUUCUUACACAUGAAAGAGUUCAUACAGGGGAGAAGCCAUUUUCAUGUUCCGUGUGUGGGAAAUGCUUCAACCAAAAGUCAGUCCUUGUCAGACACGAAAAAGUUCACCUCGAAGAGAAGCCGCAUUCCUGUUCUGACUGUGGGAAAAGCUUCAGGCAAAAGUCAGAUCUUGUGGUCCACGAAAGGACUCACACAUCAGAAAAGCCAUAUUGCUGCUCCGAAUGCGGGAAAUUGUUUUCCCACCGGUCGUCUCUUGUGAAGCAUCAGACCGUCCAUACAGGCCACAAGCCUUACUCCUGUCCGGACUGCGAGAAAAGUUUCAUCCAGAAGUCUGACCUCCUUGACCAUCAAAGGAUCCACACGGAUGACAAGCCCUUUUCAUGUUCUGACUGUGAGAAAUGUUUCACUCGCCGCUCUUCCCUCGCCAGGCACCAGCUAUCCCACUCCACAGAGAAGCCGUAUCCAUGCUCGAGAUGCCAUAAAUCUUUUCGCCUCAAAAGCACAAAGUGCGAACAUGAAAGACUCCACUCCGGAGAGAAGCCAUAUUGCUGCUCUCAGUGUGGGAAGAGUUACGCACAGAGAUCAGCUCUCGGCAAACACGAACGAACUCACGGCAGCGAGAGGCGCUAUGCCUGUUCAGAAUGUGGGAUAUGGUUUGCCAAAGAAUUCUAUUUUGUGGCUCACCAAAGGAUCCACGCCGAGGAGAAGCCAUCUUGACGUUGGAAAAAUUCUGGUAAAUUAACCACUUAAGGACCGUACCAAUAUGCUGCUAAAUGACCCAAGGGGUUUUUACAAUUCAGCACUGC